GAGAAGUGAGUGUCUGAAUAUGGUGAAUAAGUUCUGUUUUGCAUCCGCAAAAACAAAGAAAGGACAUGGUUUUUUGCUCUCGAAAGGAAGAACAUUCUUGUUUGAUUGAAAACAUGGAGGAGAUGCCCCAAAUCUAUAUCCCAAAAGUCAAACUGGGUAGCCAUGGAUUAGAGGUAUCUAGAUUGGGUUUUGGAUGUGGGGGACUAUCUGGAAUAUACAACGAUCCUCUCUCUCAUGAAGCUGGUUGUUCUGUUAUUAAGCAAGCAUUUAAUAUGGGUAUCACAUUCUAUGAUACAUCAGAUCUUUAUGGUCAAAACCAUGAUAAUGAAAUCAUGGUUGGGAAGGCUUUAAAACAGCUUCCCCGGGAAAAAGUUCAAUUGGCUACAAAAUUUGGUAUCACAAGUUCAGAGGGAUUUCAGUUUAAUAUAAAAGGGACCCCAGAAUAUGUGAGACAAUGCUGUGAAGCAAGUCUUCAGCGCCUUGGUGUUGACUACAUUGAUCUGUAUUAUCAGCACCGUGUUGAUACUUCGGUUUCAAUUGAGGAUACUAUGGGAGAGCUUAAAAAGCUGGUAGAGGAAGGAAAGAUUAAGUAUAUUCGACUGUCCGAACCUAGUUUGGACACAUUAAAGAGAGCUCAUGCUGUUCAUCCCAUUACUGCCUUGGAAAUGGAGUAUUCUUUAUGGAGUAGAGAUAUUGAAGAUGGGAUCAUUCCACUUUGCAGGGAACUUGGUAUCGGAAUAGUGGCUUAUAGCCCACUUGGUCGUGGAUUUUUUGCUGGAAAAGCAGUUUUGGAAAGCUUGCCAAAUGAGAGUCUUUUGUCAAUCCAUCCUAGAUUCAAUGGAGAGAAUUUGGAGAAGAACAAACUUUUAUACAGCAAACUUGCCAGUCUAGCUGCCAAACAUGCUUGUACCACUCCUCAAUUAGCUUUAGCAUGGCUUCUCCACCAAGGCAGUGACAUAAUUCCAAUCCCUGGGACAACUAAAGUUAAGAACCUGGCUAUCAAUGUUGGAUCUUUGGCUGUGAAGCUUACAGAAGAGGACUUGAAAGAAAUUUCUGAUGCUCUGCCAAUAGAUGAUGUCGGUGGUGACCGAGAUUAUGAAGUUCUGACCAAAUAUUCUUGGCAAUUUGCAGAUACCCCGUCAAAAUAAUUCUGUAAUUUUUCUCUGUUGUCUCGUCUUUGUCAUUUCACAAUAUAUAUUUUUAUAUUAUACAUAUAAAAAGAGAGAAAAUUGUUGAUUUCUUGUGAUGAAGUUGACAAAAAUAAAAUGUGGUUGGUAAUCUUAUCUUUAGUACUUGUUUCAACUUUGAGAAAAGACGAGAGGAACUCUUAUUUAUAAAGAACAUGUCGGCUUGUGUGUGA